AUAUUUCUUAUCAUAAAGGGGGACAACGCCAAGCUAUCGCUGACACUUGAUUCAUAUUCAUCGAUGUACUUCGAGAUUGUCCCGUCCACUGUCCAGGGGUCCACAAACCUGCUGAUCAGAGUGAAGGAUAACAUCGUCCUGGAUUAUGAACAGAAACAGAGCAUUACACUGAUGGUUUGGGCCAACGAAACCUCCACACGAGAGAGAAACAGUGCAUCUACCACCAUUCAGCUGAAUAUAACAAAUCAGAAUGACAACAGUCCCAACUUUACCAUGUCAGAAUACAGCGCAUCUGUCCCGGAGGGUAGCAGCGUCUCCACAUCUAUCAUCACCGUCAAGGCUAUAGACAAGGAUCUGCCGAACUUCGGAUUUGUAUCUUAUGCACUACGGGAUGGCGACGGAAUGUUCUCCAUCGAUUCCUCUGGUCUCGUAACUGUGGCCUCUGACCAGCUGGACAGAGAGACCAAGUCUGUGUACUACAUAUCGGUGGAGGCCACAGACCCCGGAGGAUGGAAGGACACCGCUCAGCUCACUGUCAGCAUCACGGACGUCAACGAUAAUGCACCGGUAUUCAGAAGAGACUACGACGGGUAUUUGAAAGAAAAUGAAACCUCCUUUAGUAAACCCAUCAUUGUGUCGACCACAGACGCCGACAUUGGGGUCAAUGCCCAGGUGAGGUACAGCAUCAGCCGGACCUACCCAAUCGACCUCGACUCCCACUUCGCCGUGGACGGUGUCACCGGUGUCCUCUCCGUGGUCGUUCCUCUCAUGAACAGUGACACUAGCCAGGUUGCUGUGUUGGUGCGGGCCACGGACUCUGGCACACCUCCACUAUUCUCUGAUGUUAACGUUACAAUUAGUCUCCUGACACCUGCACGAACAUGUAGAGAAACAGCGUGUCCACCCUGCACACCCAUCCUGCACUGCGAGGAGGAGGAGACAUCAUCCAGUGUCUUCUUCAGGAGGUGCAGCAGGUGCGAGCAGGGAUUCUACCGAAAAGCUGGUGCUUGCGAGGUAUGCCCCCGCCCCCAUGCUGGAUGCCGUGAUCUGAUCUGCUCCUCCGCCACCGACGUCCACUGCACCAGCUGUUAUCCGAGCUUCUAUCUCACAGGAAACACCUGUUCAGAUUGCCCUCAAACAGGACCUGACUGCCAACAAGUCGAGUGUACAGGUCCUCGACAGGUGACCUGCACGAAAUGCAAAGACGGGUUGUUCUUCUUUAACAACCAAUGCACAGCCUGUCCGUCCACGAUCCUGAUCCCUGAUUGUGUAGACGUUGCCAGAGACGGCUGCUUCAAACACUGGUGCAGGAAGUGUGCUCCUGGCUUCUUCAUUAGUGGAACAGUCUGUGAUGUCUGUCCCCUCCCUGAUGCGGGAUGUCAAGUAGCAGAGUGUAACUCCUCGUCAUCAUAUUCGAAUUGUGUACGCUGUUUCCAUGGUUACCAUCUACAAGGAGGAUUAUGUCAUAAUGUCUCUGGACAAGGAUCAACCCCCAGUCAGUGUGCGGAUCAUCCCAAGGCCGACUGUGCCUCUCUACAGGCAUCGCUCAACGUCUGCUCGGAACCGAGUACGGCCUGUGACUACUGCCCCCGGUACUGCAACAUGUGUGACACGUGCACCCAAGGCAUGCCUAUCAUUGGCUAAUGACGUCUGAACCAGGAUAUAACGUUUACCUAAUAUUACAAAUUGAAUGAAUACUUGUUACAGAAAUUAAUAAAGCCAAAGUAAAUACCCA